AUGACAAGCUCUCAUAUCUUGAGUUUCUAUGAACUCUAUAUCUUACCUUCUGUAAAGAACGACAAGAAAAAGCUAACCUAUGUUGGCUCUGCUAUUGCUGCCACCUUGUUUUACACCUUAUAUCGGAAAAUCGCCUUGCCUCCUGCUGGUAUCCGCGCUAUCCCAAGAGUAAAUUUCUUUUCUUAUGUGGCGUCUGUUCUUCAAGGCGAAGAUCCUCAUCACCAACUGAAGUACUUGUACUCUCCCUUGAUCUCUAAGGCAAACGGCGUAUAUGUGCGACCCAACCGCGCUGGAUGGUCUGUGUAUGUGACUAAUCCAGUUGACAUCAAAAAAGUUUAUUUGAAAGGAGACCUCUUUCCCAAAGACUCACAUUCUUUUGGUGAGGGAGACACGCUGAUAAAUGGCAUGAUCCGUACACCCAGUAUUCUUACUUCGGUCGGUGCCAAAUGGAAGCUUCACAGAAAAGCUGCCAACCCUGCUUUUCAUCGUGCUAUGCCUGUUAAUCUUUUCGGAAGAUUAACCCAGCAAUUGUUUACCGAAAUUGAGAAAGAAGAUGGAACCAUGAACAUGUCUGCUUAUCUCGAAAGAUUCGGUUUUGAUGCAAUCACUGCUGCCGGAUUUGGAUACAAUGCCAACGCUAUUGGAGACAAGAAUAGUGAAUGGGUUAGAUAUUAUACAACCUUAGUCAAAGGUGUUUUUAAUCCCUUCUUUUUCCUGUUCCCUAUUUUCGAUACCAAAUUACGUUGGAUGUUUCCCUCUCGUGUUCGACUCCAUCAGACUUUAAAGGAUUUUUUGGCCAAAGUUGAACAAAUCAUCAUUGAAAAGCGUCUAUUGAUUGCAAAACAGGGUGGUAUUGACUCUCUGGAUGAUGCUGAAAAGGAUCUCUGUACAUUGAUGAUCGAAGCUGAAGCUGGUGAAGGUGGUGCUUUAACAAAUGAAGAAAUGAUGAACGAUGUUUUAGCUUUUAUUCUUGCCGGACAUGAUACCACUGCAAAUGCUUUGGGAUCUGCCAUGUACUAUCUUGCUAAUCACAAAGACUUCCAACAAAAACUUCGUGAUGAAGCAAUUCAUUAUUUAGGCGAUGCCCCUUGCGAUGUCAUUCCUACUGUUGAACAGACAAAGGAUAUGCCCUAUGUAAAUAUGGUUAUCAAAGAGACUCUCCGUAUUAUGGGCCCAGCCGUAUGGGGUCAACCGCGUGUUGCGGCUGAAGACACUGAACUUGGAGGUUUUAUGAUUCCUAAGGGUACUAUUGUUACCACCGAUAUUAUUGGCGUACAACACGAUGCCAAUAUCUGGCAGGAUCCCGAGACUUUUAAUCCUGAGCGUUUUAACCCAGAGAAUGAAGAUAGCAAGCGCAUAAACAAUGCAUGGCUUCCCUUUGGUAAUGGUCAACGCCAGUGUAUAGGUAUGAACAUGAGUCUUGCUGAACAACGCGUUCUCUUGAUCAUGAUGGCAAGAAAAUAUGUAUGGUCCUUACCAAAAGACUCUAUUCAUAAAGAUGGCAUGGUUAUAAAUGGCAUGGAUAUUGUCGGCCCCAAAGAGCUUAUUCUCGAUUUUACUAAACGUUACUAGAUAAACACCAAAUCCUAUUAAUUUCGAUAGAAGAUUUUAAAAUACGCAAUAAAAGCUCUUUUUUUUCAUGCAGCCUAUCGGACAUGUAUACACUGUAUCAAAAGUUAUCGAUUGUUG